AUGGCCCUGGUGACCCUGCAGCGCUCGCCGACGCCCAGCGCCGCCUCCUCCGCCAGCAACAGCGAGCUGGAGGCUGGCAGCGAUGAAGAUCGCAAGUUAAACCUCAGCUUAAGCGAGAGCUUUUUCAUGGUGAAAGGAGCAGCCCUCUUCUUACAGCAGGGAAGCAGCCCUCAAGGCCAGCGAAGCCUGCAGCAUCCCCACAAGCACGCAGGUGACUUGCCCCAGCAUCUGCAAGUGAUGAUCAACCUUCUGCGUUGUGAAGAUAGAAUCAAGCUGGCCGUGCGUCUGGAGAGCGCCUGGGCGGAGCGGGUCCGGUACAUGGUGGUGGUGGACAGCAGCGGCCGCCAGGACACGGAGGAGAGCAUCUUGCUGGGCGUCGACUUUUCCAGCAAGGAGAGUAAAAGCUGCACCAUUGGGAUGGUUCUCCGGCUGUGGAGCGACACGAAAAUCCACCUCGAUGGCGACGGUGGCUUCAGCGUCAGCACAGCAGGAAGGAUGCACGUCUUCAAGCCCGUAUCUGUCCAGGCCAUGUGGUCCGCCCUGCAGGUGCUCCACAAGGCCUGCGAAGUGGCACGGAGGCACAACUACUUCCCCGGGGGCGUGGCUCUCCUCUGGGCCACCUACUACGAGAGCUGCAUCGGCUCCGAGCAGAGCUGCAUCAACGAGUGGAACGCCAUGCAGGACCUGGAGUCCACGCGGCCCGACUCCCCGGCCCUGUUUGUCGACAAGCCAACGGAAGGGGCGAGGACCGAGCGCCUCAUCAAAGCCAAGCUCCGCAGCAUCAUGAUGAGCCAGGACCUGGAGAACGUGACCUCCAAAGAGAUCCGUAAUGAAUUGGAGAAGCAGAUGAACUGUAACUUGAAAGAAUUCAAGGAAUUCAUAGACAACGAGAUGCUCCUCAUCCUGGGACAGAUGGACAAGCCCUCCCUCAUCUUCGAUCACCUUUACCUCGGCUCUGAAUGGAAUGCAUCCAAUCUGGAGGAGCUGCAGGGCUCAGGUGUUGAUUACAUCUUAAAUGUCACCAGAGAAAUAGAUAAUUUUUUCCCUGGCUUAUUUGCAUAUCAUAACAUCCGAGUCUAUGACGAAGAGACAACGGACCUUCUUGCCCACUGGAACGAGGCGUACCACUUUAUAAACAAAGCCAAGAGGAACCACUCCAAAUGCCUGGUCCAUUGCAAAAUGGGGGUGAGCCGCUCGGCCUCCACGGUCAUAGCCUAUGCGAUGAAGGAAUUCGGCUGGCCCCUGGAGAAGGCGUACAACUACGUGAAGCAGAAGCGCAGCAUCACGCGCCCCAACGCCGGCUUCAUGAGGCAGCUGUCCGAGUAUGAAGGCAUCCUGGACGCCAGCAAACAGAGGCACAACAAGCUCUGGCGCCAGCAGACCGAGAGCCGCCUGCAGCCGCCCGGGGAUGACCUGGCGGGGCCCGGGGACUUCUUGCCGGAGACCCUGGGCGACACCCGGGAAGCCCGGCUCUCCUGCUUGGACGAUGCCGCCCAGCCUGGCUUCCCGGGGGGAGGAGGCCCCUCUCUCUCCUGCUGCUUCCGGCGGCUCUCGGACCCCCUCCUGCGCUCCCCGGGCGACGGAGCCGGCGGCGCGGUCCGGCUGGAGGACCUGGAGAGGGAUGCGCUGUUGGAUGAAGCAGCUCCGCCUCCAGCAGCACCCAGGCCAGCCCGGCCUCCCCCGGGGGGCCCCGGGCCCUGCGAGGAGGAGGGGAAGAGGAAGGCAGAGUUUGGAAGCCCGAGAGCCCCGAGGGGCCCCUUGCCCCCGGUGGAGGAGAUGGAGAGGGAGGAGGCUCCCGGAGGAGGGAGGCGGGGGAGGCCCCCGGCCCAGCUGGACAAGAAGCUGCUCAACCGGGAAAACCUAAAUAACAACAACAGCAAGAGGAGCUGUCCGGACGACUUCGAGCACGAUGCUCUGUUUGGGAUCCUCAACAAAGUGAAGCCUUCCUACAACUCCUGUGCCGACUGCAUGUACCCUACAGCCGGCGGGGCGCCCGAGGCCUUCGGGGAGCGGCGCGAGGCCCCCGGGGCCCCCGCCAUCUGCACCCAGCCCACCUUCCUGCCCCACCUCACGUCCUCCCCGGUGCCCCACGCAGCCGGCCGGCCCCGAGCCCUGGAGAAGCUGGCCUCCGGCCCCCCCGAAAGCCCCCCGCUCCUGCCACCAGCAGGCCCCAGGAGGCCGGACCCCGGGGGCCCUGGGCCCAGGGCUGCCCCGGAGCCGCCAGCCAGCCCUUUGGAACCUUCCAGAGACACCCCCAAAGUGCUGCCAAAGUCCCUCCUCUUGAAGAAUGCUCACUGUGAUAGGAACCCUCCCGGCAUGGACGUGGUGAAGGAGGACCCGCCACCCAAGAAGGACGCGAAGCCGGCCAAGGACCUGCGGCUGCUGUUCAGCAAGGAAGCCGAGAAGCCGAGCGCGCACAGCUACCUGAUGCAGCACCAGGAGUCCAUCAUCCAGCUGCAGAAGGCCGGCCUGGUCCGCAAGCACACCAAAGAGCUCGAGCGGCUGAAGGCCGCGCCCGCAGACCCGGCGGUCCCCCCCAGGGACGGCCCCGCCGGCCGGCUGGAGGCCAGCAUCCCCGAGGAGAGCCAGGACCUGGCUCCCGAGCCGCUGCCCCCGGGGGACGGGAAGCCAGCCGCCGCCCCCGCCCCGCCGGAGGGGGCCUCGCUGAAGAGCCCCUCUCCCUUCCUCUGCCGCCUGGACCACACCAGCCACUUCUCCAAGGACUUCCUCAAGACCAUCUGCUACACGCCCACCUCGUCCUCCAUGAGCUCCAACCUGACCCGCAGCUCCAGCAGCGACAGCAUCCACAGCGUGCGCGGCAAGCCGGGGCUGGUGAAGCAGCGGACGCAGGAGAUCGAGACGCGGCUCCGGCUGGCGGGCCUCACCGUCUCGUCCCCGCUCAAGCGCUCGCACUCCCUCGCCAAGCUCGGGAGCCUGGACUUCUCCACCGAGGACCUGACCAGCGAGGCCGACGUGUCCACCAUCGCCGACUCCCAGGACGCCAAGUCGAGCGAGGCCUCCUUCCUGCAGGAGCCCCAGGCCGCCCCCCCGAGACCGUCGGGGAAGCCCGCGCCAGAAAGCCUGAAAAGCUCCUCGAGGCCCAGCAAAAGCUGA